AUGGAGGAUAUUGACUUUCAUUCAGAUGGUAACUUGAAGAAUAGGCACUUUAAGUCGUCAAUUCGUGUAACAAGAAAAAGAGCAGAUAUUCAAACAUCAAUAAGAGAACUUGAACAAGAGAUUAAAGAACCUGCUGGCAUGGUUUGGGCAUGCUGUUUUGCGAAUGAAAUGGAUUUUCCAAUGAUUCUUGAGGCUUGGAAACAGGGUGACUUAUCAACUAAGCAAAUACAUAUAGAGAUGAAAUUUAAUGAAGUAGUGUGUUUAAGAUGGUUGCAAAACAGAAUUUGUUAUGUUUUUAAAUUUGGAUGUGUAGUUGGAUGGGAUUUAACAAGAGCUGAAAGAUUAGCAAUAGUAAAUAUAUUGAAAACAUUCAUUAAACAACCAUUACAUAUAAGAACAGAUGAGCCUCAAGAUGAUGAUAUGACUUAUGUUUGGGGAGAAAGGCCAUCUAUAAAGCAGGAUAACAUUCAUUUAGUAUCAGAUUCUCUACUAGAAAGAUUAAGUUAUAGUUAUGCACUAAGUCAAAGUGUAAAACUUUCAGUAUUUGAAAGUGUUGUUGAUCAAAAUAUUGAUAGUACAAGAUCACUUCCAGAAAGUUUGGCUAAGAGUGGAACAAUCAAGGAUAAUAGAGAGGAUAUUAGUAAAAGAAUCGGUGAACUUUUUAUUAAUCGCUUUUAUAUUAAUUUACAAACCGAUAUUUUGGAUACUCCUGAUAUUUUUUGGGAUCUGCAAGAUUAUGAACCACAUUAUAUUACAUGUAGGAAUUAUCUAGAUAUACCUAAAAGAGUUGAGAUUCUUAAUCAAAGAUUGGAUAUUAUUAAAGAUUUAUAUGAUAUGUUAAAUAAUGAGUUAUCUCUUCAACACGGCUAUAAACUUGAAUGGAUUGUUAUUUAUCUAAUCUGUGCUGAAAUUGUUAUUGAGGUUGUUUGGAACAUAUUAAUUAAAGACAUUUUCAACCUUGUAUAA